CCAGAUUGGGAUGAAAUUGGUCGACAAUUGCCUUGUGGCUACUCAAAGUGGAUAGAGGAUACACGGGGUAUGACUUCGCAGCAAAAAUUGGAACAUUUGAUUCAUGAGAUGAACACCCUCGGACGAAACUAUGGUAAACCGCCGGAGAUACUUUUACCCAAGGCAAGUUUACGUGCUAGCAGUUCAGAUCUGAAUACGGCUACGGACCCGACAAAUCAGAUGGAAGAGUUUGUCGAACCGAUCGAUCCGGGAACUUGGUGA